UUACGUACAGCUUAUCUUCCGUUCAUUGAAUUUUGUAAUGGCUCCUUGUUCUAUUAUCCGUCGUCGUCAUAAAAGUUUGAGGGUGCAUUUGCUGGUUAAAUAAAUUGGUCCAAUUUCAGUAGAACAAUAUCAUUUUGUGGGUGACACUAGUAGGAAUCAGUCAAGUUAGGUAUCCCACGCAGCAUAAUGAAGGCAUCGUCCGCAGUGCUAUUGACACUGGCUAGUUUCGUGAUUCAAGUUGCAUACACGUAUUGUCCAGGUCAAGUUUCUAACUCGUGUGAGAAAGCAUCUCCGUCAAAAUCUCAACUUCCAGAAUGGGCACAUAUUCAUAACCAUUUAACACAAAAUCCUGCAACUGCAACUAAUCAGGAAGGAAUCCCCAUGCCAAGUCUGGUCGCCUCCCAGGCAAUUGGAACUCGAGGUCACAUCCUUCUCCAGGAUGCAUUCCUACUCGAAAAGACUGCCAGUUUCAAUCGAGAACGAAUUCCUGAACGUGUUGUCCACGCCAAGGCUGCAGGAGCGAUGGGGUUUUUUGAAGUAACACACGACGUCAGUAUGUUUACCAAGGCGAAACUCUUCAACAAUAUUGGUAAAAAGACAAACGUCGCUGUACGAAUUUCCACCGUAGGUGGAGAAUCAGGUUCCGGGGAUACGUGGGUGGAUCCAAAGGGAUUUGCUACCAAGUUUUAUACGGAGGAAGGAAUUUAUGAUCUCGUCGGGAACAACAUUGAAGUCUUCCCCAUUCGAGAUCCCAUGCUAUUUGCUGAUUUAAACAGAUCUCGCAAACGAAACCCAGCCACCCAUUUACGUGACGCCACGAUGUGGUUUGAUUUUACUUCGCUUCGUCCCGAGUCUGCCCUCCACACCCUUCGCCUGUUCUCUGACGAAGGUUCUCCCAACGGCGUUCGCGUCAUAAAUGGUGCCGGAGUCCACACCUUUAAAUGGGUCAACGCAACCAAUAACCCAGUUUACAUUAAAUAUCACUGGAUUUCAAACCAACCCUGGGACUUCUUAUCGAAAGAAGAAGCUACUCGAUUAGCUGGAGUAAACCCUGACUACUCCAUCCAAGACUUGUACGAUGCCAUCGCUCGAGAAGAGUACCCCUCGUGGGACCUGCAUGUCCAAAUUAUGACCUUUGCUCAGGCCGAUGCUCAUCCUCAAAAUCCCUUCGACAUCACGAAACACUGGCGCCGAGAGGACUAUCCUCUCAUUCCGGUGGGAAAGAUGACUCUAAAUCAAAACCCGACUGAUUACUUUUCUCAGGUUGAAAUGGCUGCUUUCUCUCCGGCUAAUAUGGUCCCCGGAGUCGAGCCUUCUCCUGACCGUAUGCUCCACGCCAGGAUGUUCUCUUAUCAGGAUGCUCAGCGAUACCGACUUGGGGUCAAUUUUGCCCAAUUGCCCAUCAACCAGGCUACCUCUCGGGUGGAAAAUUAUAUGAGGGAUGGUCCCAUGUGUUACAGUGAUAAUGGUGAAGGAGGACCAAAUUACUUUCCUAACAGUUUCGGGGGGUUGGAUGAAGGUGGGAGUGAAACGGACCAAACAGUUUUCCCUGCCACGGGGGACGUUGACCGGCUCGACACCGGGGAUGACGACAAUUUUAGCCAGUGCGUCCAAUAUUUGCAGUUGGACUUGAAUUCCGAAGAGAAACAACGACUGGCGGAUAACUUGGCGGCGCAGUUAGUAAACGCGGCUGAGCCGGUGCAACAAACGUUUUUGCAAAAUGUGGCUUAUAAAAUUACUAAAGAAUUUGGCGAUUCGAUUACCGUUGCUUUGCAAAAUGUAAAUAAUCCUCCUACUACUACUAAUCCUCCUACUACUACUAAUCCUCCUACUACUACUAAUCCUCCCACUACUAUUUCUACUACUCCCUCAGGGGGGUCUAAUUUAGCAAACACGACAUGGAUAUUGGUCAUAGUCAUGGCAUUAUCAAUAUCGAUAGGAUAUCAGCAGGGUUAACAAUAUUAUUUAGGUUAAAUUUUACAACAAGAUUUCAACGUUAUUAAAAUAAAAAUUAAAGAAAAGCCUUGAUUUCAUA